UCAGGAUCCCUCCCUCCCUCUCUCCCCGUGGAUCUCUGCGCUGCUCUCCAGCCUCUACCCAGGCAGGCCUCUCUCCUCGCCAUCCUCCUCCUCGGUGGGUGUGAAUGAGUGGGCGAGGGGUGUGACCGCGCCGGCUUCGGCGUGAUUUCCGGCUUUGCUGAAAACGGCUUUUCCCCGCAGCAUCAGCACCGCUGGCAGCCGCCGCCGCCGCCGCCGCCACAGCAACAAGUCAGGAUCUGGAAAGUAAUGCAACAGAACACUUUUGAAGAAAGCAGAUACCCCUGGCAGGAGUCGUUUGAAAAUGUCAGCGUCUGCAUGCCGUUCCGUUGCCCACGAUGCGGGGACCGCACCAGAUUCAGGACCCUGUCCUCCUUGAGAGCCCAUCUGGAAUACAGCCACAGUUACGAAGAUCGGAGCCUUCUGACAAAAUGCAACCUCUUUUCUUCCCUCAGAGAUGCAGACCUGAUCUCUUCUUCCGAGCCCCUGACGCCAGGGAUGCUUGGCGAUGGCACCGGUGUCAUGAAACCAAAGACGUCCUAUCUCAACUUCUGCGACACGGCCCGGGAGAACGCCAGGAACAGGAAGCCGCUGGAGGCGGAAGCGGAAAGGCCUGCGUCUCUGGGGUCAAAUUACACGUCAGGGGAAUCCGUCGACGAGCCGAUUUCUAAGCCAGGGUUGGCGACAAGUGACUCGAAAGCCUCGUUCGAGGCCCACGUGAGAGAGAAGUUCAACCGGAUGGUGGAGGCGGUGGACAAAACGAUCGAGAAGAGGAUCGACAAGCUUACCAAAGAGCUGUCCCAAAAGACAGCCGAGCUCUUGGAGGUUCGGGCAGCUUUUGUGCAGCUUUCUCAGAAGAAGCAGGAAGUCCAGAGGCGGGAGAGGGCCCUCAACAGGCAAGUGGACGUGGCGGUUGAGAUGAUCGCGGUGCUGAAGCAGCGGCUUACGGAGUCAGAGGAGGAGCUCCACAGGAAGGAAGAAGAAGUCGUUACGUUUAAUCACUUCCUGGAGGAAGCUGCUGAGAAGGAGCUUCGCGGCAAAGCCAGGCUCCAGCGUUUCAUUGAGAAUCUCCUUCAGCGGGUGGAUCUGGCAGAAAAGCAACUGGAGUACUACCAGAAUCAGCAGAUUGUGGGCAGCUACAGCGAUGUCCAUGAAUAUGUGUUUACAGAUAUAUCAUCCAGCAAGAAACCCAGAUGCCUCAGCAGCCGAGGAAACCAACACGGUUACUAUAACACCCCUGAUGUGAAACCUCACUCUCUUCAGAAAGGACGGAUGCACUUGAAGAAAGCCAAGGAGGACAAAUCCUGCGCCCACCCAGUUAAAUUGUUUUAUGAACCUGUUGACUGCGCGAGGGACGUUUGGAGACCUCAGAAGAAAGGGGACGCCGUCGGUGCCUCCCGCAAGGUUAACGCGAAAUCAAAGAUCAGUAAAAAAAGCAAACAGCUCUACUAAGAGCCCAUAUACGAUAUAGAGAUAUAUGUAUGUAUCUAACCUAAUCUAUUUAUAAAUGCAUAAUGCAAGAUCUGGCAGCUUUGGGCUACUACAGAUAGAGAUUAAUAGCACAAUCAUUCGCCUGUCUGCUCAAAAUUCAGUCCCCUGAGUUUGACAGGACUUGCUCCCAGGUCAGUGGGCCUAGGAUUGCAGGCUUAAUUCUGUCAAACUUGGAGGGGUUUCCUUCUGAACAGACAAGCCUAGGAUUGCGCCGUUGGUCCCACCCAUCGCUUAAAUCACAAUAUAUUUCCCUAUUCAUUUGGGCAAGGAUAUAUUUAAUAGAUGAUAUAAAUACGUAAAUAUAUAGAAUAAUUUAACUGCCUCAUUUCCAGGACUUUGAUUGUAGAUGUGGCACUUUAUUUUUCCCAAGAGCAUCUUUUCAAUUGAGUCCGGCAUUUCACUCAUCCUAAGUCUGUUUUGCUUACUUACGUUUGGAGGAAUUCCUUCUGCCUGGCACCUUAAUAAAUCCCUUUAUCUAGUGAGAGUGAAGGGUCGGGAAUAGAAUUAGAAAACAGUUUGUGGAAGCCCUAAAUGCACUGAGCCGAGUGUUCUUCCUUUGACGCCAAGGCACAAACUUCACCAUGCCAUUUCUGCAAGGACUAAGCAGCUGGGAGGAAUCUGAUUGGAUGACUACCUCCCUCUCCUGCCUACAACCACCUAGAACAGGAAGUAGGGAGGAGCGAUCUGGAGGUCUCUGUAAGCUGCGUUCUGCUGGUGGCCUAGACGGGCAGCUGUUGGGAUUGAUUCCUGCACUCGCUUUCUGGGAGAAGACAGUGCAGAUGCCCUCCAGCUGCAGGGCAGGAGGACUGGGAGGUUAUCAGCACUGCCUUUUCUGGGUAGCUAAGGCAGGAUGGAGGCUCAGGGCUCACCCCUCGACUUCCUAUUCCAUGCAGCUGAAUGGCUACUUUAGAGGUGCAGAAAGCGCUGCAGCAAGGCGCCACAGUGACUUAGUUUUGUGCCUUGAAGGUCAGCACAUCUGCAGCCAUUUACCUAUAUUGUAUCUGCACCUCACUUUUCCUUCAAGGAGCUCCGGACAGCGGGAGGGUUGUUCUGUUUUGCCCUCCUGGUUUGGGCUGAGGGAGAGUGGCUCAAGUUCAUGCCACGAGCUUUACACAUGAGUAAGGGGUUCAAACUCAUGUCUGUCUGGUCCAGGCCUCUGGGGAGUAGUGGGGGGCCAGGGAAACCGUGGCCACCGCUAGGCCCAUAACGCUCCUAGUGGCUUUUCUUACCCUUGAGCAAUAAUACAAUACAGCAAUUGAGCCCCUGCAUGACAUAGAGUGGCUUGUUUUGCCGUUCUUGAUCCAAGCUCAAACGCUUGCUUCACGUAACUUGCUCUUUCCUGAAGCAGCCCUGUGUGUGGUCAAGUCCCCCACCAUCUUGCCCAGGAGAAAAGCCUGAGGCCGCACGAUGCCAUUACACUGUCAAGGCAAAGCAGCGGGUCUCAGUCUGGACAGUGGCUGGAGCCAUAGGUAAGCUGCUCCUAGCUUUCUUAAGGAAGGCCGGGCUAAGGAAGGGUGAUAAUAAGCUGCCAUACUUCUUCCAUAGAGUAACAGCCCUCCCUUAAUGGUAGCACUCACAGGACUUCCAAAUAAGUGGGGUGGGUUGUGUUUGGCCAAAAUAGUCAGUUAAUUCAUCCACUUUGACUUUCUGGAACAGGUGUGGGCAACAUAAGACUCACAAGCCAAAAAUGGCCUGUAAUUCUGUUUUGCAGAAUGUGACAUGAGUUGCAGUCGGCCCAAAGUUUGUUUUGGGGGCCUAAUCCGGCCCCUGUGGAAAAAACCUUGACACCUUAAAAAAAGCUCAACAAGUUUGGUUGGCCCUUUGGGCGGCCCUCACA